AUGAAUAAGGCUUCGAUCUUGGAGUGGGAAAAACUCAGGUUUCUGGGAGAAGGGUUAUGGGGAUCCGUUUACUUGGCAAAAAUAGUGUCACAUUCGUCGUCCUCUAUUCCAUCAUACGUGGCCUUGAAAUUAGCAGACGCCAAUAGUUCAUCGACUCUUCAACUUGAGAAGACUAUACUAGAUGAUCUUAAAGGCUGUCCCCAGAUUGUCCAGUGUUUUGGUUGCGCUUUUAGUGUUGAAAACGGUAAGCUGGUCUACAAUCUGUUACUUGAGUAUGCCAAUGGAGGCACUUUGGAGCAACUUAUGGAGGUUUCGGGUGAUCGGAUGCAAGAAUUUGAAGUGAGCAAGUUUACUUAUAUGUUGCUCAAAGGCCUCUGUCAUGUGCAUCACAAGGGUUAUGUUCAUGGUGAUAUAAAGCCGGAUAAUAUUCUUGUUUUUGUGACAAAACAAGAGGACGGGGAAGAUGAGUAUUCUCUCAAGAUAGCGGAUUUUGGAUUGGCUAAAAGCACGAGUUGUGAUAAUGCAGGUGAGGUAGGCAUUGUGGGAGUGGAUAUAUGGGCUCUUGGGUCCGUGGUGGCGGAGAUGCUUGUUGGCAAGUCCUUGUGGUGUAGUAAUGUUCAACUAGAUGUUAUGUUGCUGAUAAUGUGCAAGGAGAGUGUGGACAAGUGGCUGGAGAUAUUACCGGAGUUUCUGUCCAGAGAGGCAAAGGAUUUCUUGAGGAGGUGUAUGACGAUGAAUAAGAAUGAUAGAUGGACUGGCGAUAGACUUCUGCGACACCCCUUUAUAACUCAAUUUCAUGGUACCAGUCUGUGUGAAAUCUGA